UCAAUUGUUGUUGUUGUUGUUUUUGAUUGUGAUCUUAGUUUAAAAGUUCCUCCCUACAGUAGUCUACAACAUCUGAAUUGGGAUGUGUCCCGUUAUCUAGACAUCAUUGUUGCUCUCUACCCUAAUAUUGGUGGUGGUCACUAUUUUCAAGUUUUUUCCCCACCUCCUCUUAAGUUUAGUUUAUGCUCAUUGUGAUUUUUGCUGUCUGGUUAGUUUCUGUGCCUUUAUGUAUGUAAUCGAUCUGGUACUAUGCGUUAUGAAAAUUCUGUCUCAUUUCCCCAUGAUAUGAUUACAUUACUACGAAAUUAUCUCAUUGAUGAUGUCCAUACCCCUGUGUUCUAUCUAUAUUUAUUAUGUGGAUAAGGAAGUGGCUGACUAGGUGCUUGGUAAAUUGUCCAGGAGAUGUAAUCUGUUUCAUUAAUUUCUUAAUCUUUUUCUAGGGCAUUUGUCUUUCCGGUGAAAUUUUCCACAUCCUUGAAGGAUGUAUUGGCUACCUAGAAUGCAAAACGUUCCUCUCUCCUAACAUUCUUCCCAACCACCCCCCAAAAAAAAAAAAAAAGUGUUUAAGAAAGCGAAAAAGAAUAUGGUGUGUCAGCCUUCAAUUGGAGAUGGUGCACAUUUUUUGUAUUUUUGGAUAGUGAAAUCUAGGGAUUCCUGCUUCCGGGCACAAUCUGUCAUCUCCACCACCACAACAACGAUGGAAACUACAGUAGUUGAUAUGGGGAAGCUGAGUUUACCUUCUUUAGAAGCUCAUUCAAGUACUGUAGCGGGCAACCAACCCUUGAUGUAUGUAGGGGCCAUUGGUCCACCAAUAAAGGAUAGUCUUGAGGCAACUUUGGCUACAGAAACACUCCUUACAGGUGAAGAAGCCACCAUAGCUGCUGCUGCUGCAGAGGCAAUUGCUCUGGCAAAAGCAGCUGUUAAGGUUGCCAAGGAUGCAGCCCUGAUGGUUGGUGGCUUCCCUUCUGCAAAAUCAGAUGCUGGUCACUUAGAUUUUCCAUCUGAAGCUGACAUUCUCCGGCUUGAGAGGGCUAGGCUCAGUGAAAUGGGACAAGCUGACGAAAUAGGCUGGCCUGUGGGAUUGGAAGUUGUGCGAGAUGAAGAACAUUAUGCACAAGGUCCCAUUAAAGAUUCUGACAAUUUGAAUCCAACGGAUGAGGAUCUUGUACUUCUGCAAAUGCAGCUUUCCAAGAAUGUCGCAGUGAGGUCUGGUCGCCAAACAGAAAGACAAGCCAGAAGAGCAAAGGCAGGGGAGAAGAUUGCUGCCAAUGUGGUCUCUGUGAAGUCUUGUUCUUCUAGCAGGAAAAAACGUGCUGCUUUACAGGACGUAGAUUACUCUGACCCCCUGCGAUACUUGAGGGGAACUACCAGCAAUUCUAGGCUUCUCACUACAACUGAAGAGCUGGAGUUGUCAGAAGGAAUACAGGACCUUUUGAAGCUCGAAAGGCUUCGUGACGAGAUCGCAGAAAGAUGUGGGGGUGAACCCACUUUUGCUCAAUGGGCAGCUGCUGCUGGUGUUGACCAGAAGACCCUGAGAAAGCGCUUGAACUAUGGUAUCUUUUGCAAAGACAAAAUGAUUAAAAGCAAUAUACGCCUUGUCAUCUCUAUUGCAAAAAACUAUCAGGGAGCUGGGUUGAACCUUCAGGAUCUUGUUCAGGAAGGGUGUCGAGGCCUUGUAAGAGGUGCAGAAAAGUUUGAUGCUUCAAAGGGAUUCAAGUUCUCAACCUAUGCACACUGGUGGAUCAAACAGGCGGUGCGGAAGUCUCUUUCGGACCAGUCCAGGACAAUUCGCUUGCCGAGCCUUAAUCAGAAUGAUAAAUUGUUGGUCUUGAACCUCAACAUCCCAAGCAGCCCCGCCUCCACCACGAAAAAAAAAGAAGAAGAAGAAGAAGAAGAACAGAUAAGUCUUUUUCACAUGGUCGAAGCUACUUAUCGAGUAAAGGAGGCCAGAAAGCAAUUGUAUAGUGAGACUGGAAGACAUCCGGAUAAUGAAGAAGUAGCAGAGGCUGCUGGGCUGUCUAUGAAGAGGUUAACAGCUGUGCUGCUAACUCCCAAAGCUCCUAGGUCUCUUGACCAGAAGACUGGGAUCAAUCAGGAUCUAAAACUUUCAGAAGUUAUUGCGGAUCCAAAUGCAGAAACAUCUGAGGAUUUGUUAAUCAAGCAAUUCAUGAAGCAAGAUUUGGAGAAGGUGCUAGACAGUAUCAAUCCUAGGGAGAAACAGGUGAUUAGAUGGAGAUUUGGGCUGGAGGAUGGAAGGAUGAAGACACUGCAAGAGAUUGGGGAGUUGAUGGGUGUUAGCAGAGAGAGGAUCCGGCAGAUAGAGUCAUGUGCCUUCAGGAAGCUAAAGAAUAAGAAAAGAACUAAACAUUUGCAGCAGUAUUUGGUUUCUUAAGCCCUACAGGAUGCUUAAUUGGAGGUUUAAUUUCAUUUUCCUUGUUGACUAUCAUUACCAACAGUGGCAAUGUAUUUGUUCAUUCCUUUCUCUUUUAA